UAACAAUAUACUCCGCGGAAAAAUAAGUGCUGCAGUCAAAUCAAGUUGAGUCAGAAAAAAAACCCGAAGCCUUUGGACCAGUAAGAUCCCGGAAAAGUAAUGAAGCUCGACAAAGUACAGGAUGCAAUGAAAAACUCCAUCAUCCGGUCGGACAAAUAACGGAGCAGAUUCAGCGCCAAAAAGAUGAACAUUGGGCCGGAACAACCAGUAUUACUUCAUCACCAGCUGCAGAACAUCACUCUGGCGGAAGAACCUCAUCUAGUUCCUCAGCCACGAUUGCGACAACCUACAUCAACCGCCGCUUAUCGUACCGCUAUCACCACCACCAGCGUCAACAGCAGCACUACCAAAUCUAACAUCAGACAUUCGUCGGAAGCGUUAAUUUGCAUCACUGCCCGCUUUCCGGCGGAAGAAACCAUCAACGCAGCAGCAGCUACCAUUCUCGUCUGUACCGCAAGAAACGAAUCAGUUCAGCAGCAACAGCGGCCAGUUCAGCAUCUGCCUCGAGGAGUCAAUUUUCUUUUCCCACAACAGAAGCGCACCAGACGGCGGUUGGAAAAUAGAAGUUCCCUCACAAAAUCUUUCGCGCAACCGGUCAUUGCGCAAGCAAACGGAACCAGCAUCGAAAACAACAAAAAUUCUCGCUGGUGGUAACUACAGGAUUAGCACGAAAGGAGCACACUCUGAUGUUUGAACCAAUACUACAUAGGAUCCCCCGUAAUCAGCCCAUUUAGUGGUUUGUAAACAUAAUUUGCUUAAUUUAAUAGAUUUAAUGUUUUUUAACAUCAUAAUUAAUCAUAUUUCAGAUAUUUUGCCCGCAGAAUCUUCUGGCUGAUAGUGAACUGGAAAAAGGUCGAAAAAUUUGUUCCGGGUCCGAUGAUAGAACUGUCCCCGGAUGAUGGGGUAUGUUGAAGUAGUGUCCAGGUGGGCAACUUGUAGUUCCUGUACAGCGAUUUAGUUUUUGCACUUUAAGAUCUAGUAUUGAAGACUAACCCUGUUGAUUUGAAAAAGAUUUGGAAAAAAAAUUUCCCCCGCGAAAUACUUGCAACACCGUGCACUGGGCCGAAGGAAUCAGUGUGACGUGGCAAAAAAAAAAAAAACGAUGGCAACAUCUGCAACGCAAUGUCAACGAGAAGCUGUGACAAACCUGGACCAAAAUUGGAGGAAUCGGUAUGUGAAUCGUGGAUCGUCGCCAGACUGACUAUUUAGUCUUUUUCGUGGGUGAGAUGGGACAAAGAAGUUUACAAGAAAUGCCAGCUUAAACAACAAAGAAUUUUAUCGAAUGUGGACUUGAUGAUUAAAAGUAAGUUUGGAUUUAUUCAACAAGUACUUUUUGAACACUAACAAAUCUAAUAUAUUUUUAGAACCAACAAUAGAAACAUCACCUUCGGCUCAACAGAAACGAUAUUUUCAGCACCAUUAACGGGAUAUUAAAACCCUUUAAUCGCCUUGUUCUCUUCCGGC